CCUCUCUAGUCCAAUAGCGCUAUCGAGAACACAAGCGUAGCCAGGUUGUCUCUAGGAAGAAAGCUCAGCGGAAGCGGUGUUGACCCACCCCCCACGUGAGACAGAUUGCACCACGAGCGGAGACAGCGAACCGGCUCGGGCAGCGACGUCAGUGCUCCCGGAACCUCACACAAGAGCACCGACCAGAGAAAAGAUACAGAGCGGAGCGGAGGAGCCAGUCGCAGGUGCCGAAGCGAUUACACCAAAAAAUGGCGGACGAUCCGACAGCAGCCGACAGAAACGUGGAGAUUUGGAAAAUCAAGAAGCUGAUCAAAAGCUUGGAAGCGGCCCGGGGAAAUGGCACCAGCAUGAUCUCCCUAAUAAUCCCCCCUAAGGACCAGAUCUCACGGGUGGCAAAGAUGUUGGCAGAUGAGUUUGGCACUGCAUCCAACAUCAAAUCCAGAGUCAACAGGCUCUCUGUACUGGGAGCCAUCACAUCUGUACAACAGAGACUCAAACUGUACAACAAAGUGCCACCAAACGGGCUCGUUGUCUAUUGUGGAACAAUUGUAACGGAGGAGGGCAAGGAAAAGAAAGUUAACAUAGACUUCGAGCCGUUCAAACCCAUCAACACGUCACUUUAUCUGUGUGACAACAAAUUCCAUACGGAGGCUCUGACAGCGCUGCUCUCAGACGACAGUAAAUUCGGCUUCAUCGUGAUUGACGGGAGUGGGGCGCUGUUCGGCACACUCCAGGGGAACACGCGGGAAGUCCUGCACAAAUUCACAGUUGACUUGCCCAAGAAGCACGGCAGGGGUGGUCAGUCUGCUUUGCGAUUCGCCAGGUUACGAAUGGAGAAGAGACACAACUACGUGCGAAAGGUGGCGGAGACGGCAGUGCAGCUUUUCGUCUCCAACGACAAAGUCAACGUGGCUGGGAUGGUGCUGGCUGGGUCUGCGGACUUCAAGACUGAGCUGAGUCAGUCUGAUAUGUUUGACCCGAGAUUACAAGCCAAAGUGCUGAAGCUGGUGGAUAUCUCGUACGGAGGGGAGAACGGUUUCAACCAGGCCAUCGAGCUAUCCGCAGAGGUGCUCUCCAACGUGAAGUUCAUUCAGGAAAAGAAGCUAAUAGGGCGGUACUUUGAUGAGAUCAGCCAGGACACAGGGAAGUACUGCUUUGGAGUGGAAGACACACUGAAGGCUCUGGAGAUGGGAGCUGUGGAGAUCCUCAUUGUGUAUGAGAACUUGGACAUCAUGCGAUAUGUCUUGCGCUGCAGUGGUUUAGAUGAGGACAAGGUGCUCUUCCUCACACCAGAGCAGGAGAAGGAUAAGUCACACUUUACAGACAAGGAGACCGGGCAAGAGCAUGAGCUGAUCGACAGCAUGCCGCUCCUGGAGUGGUUCGCCAACAACUACAAGAAGUUUGGAGCCACACUGGAAAUCGUGACGGACAAGUCGCAGGAGGGCUCCCAGUUUGUCAAAGGGUUUGGUGGGAUUGGAGGAAUCCUGCGAUAUCGAGUUGAUUUCCAGCUAAUAGAGUACCAGGGAGAAGACGAUGAAUUUUUCGAUUUGGAUGACUACUAGGUAGUCAAAACAGGGCUUGGGGAUAUGCAACUAUCCCUCCUACCCACUGAGCGACCACAGAAAGAAAGAACAAGAAAAAUAAAUAAAAUCUAUCCCUGCCUUAGAACACAAUGUCACGACUUCAUUGGAUAUAACCAUCUAGAUCUCCACGAUUGCAAUAGUGUCAAUGCAACAGCAAAUCCAAACUAACUACUGUGUUACCGAUACAACAGUUUUGGACUCUUACUUUUUUUUUUUUUUUUAAAUAACUUUUUUAUUUCUUACCGCCCGCGGUUGCUGUUGUAUUUUAUGAAAGUGAGAAUUUUUUUACCUCUGUAUGUAGAGGCGAAGUGUAUUAAAUUUGAACUAAAAAUUAUUUGCCAGUCGAGCGUCCCAUUUCACUUAUUUAUUUUUUUAUCGUUCUUUUAGACCAGGUUUCACUUUACAACAAACCCGGCCAUAGCCAUACUGACGUUCUGUGUGAUGUCAUCCGCACAGGACCUGUUUUGGGGAGGGUGGAUGGUGGAAUUUAGUUUUAUUGAUUAGGACCAAUCGGCAAUAAAGUACCCCUAAAUUC